AGGAGCUUCCUUUUUCCUACCAAAGAUUAGCCCCUUCCAGGGUUUGCUCCUUGAUCCUUCCAUGGUUUUAUAGCAUAUUGGAUGUGAUUUAGGUUACUUUAGGUAUAAGGGUAGCCACUAACCCCCGCGUGUGAAGUUUGCCUUUUUCGCCUGCUAUAGCUGUAUUGGAAGAUACAAGUAUUAUACUUGUCAGUUGCCUCCUCCUAUAAUUAUGGUUGAGCUGCCUAUUGAUUUCUGCAGAUCUAAUGGUAGACUUGACCUUUGGAUCUGAGUGUAGGAUGGAAUGUUGAUGCUGCUGACUUGUAAGCAAGAUAUUUUGGGUUUCCAUCGGAAUAUAGGAUGCUUCUGGCAGUGGAUCCUGAGUAAUUGAUUUUUUGGAACUGAUGUGUAUCUAGAACCAUCACCAAAUGGCCUCAAAACCAGGUGGUAAAGCUUCUGUUAAGCACCAAUUGAAAACUGCUGGUGUUCAAAAACUGGAAGAGGAUGAUACUAAGCCUUUGCCUUUGAAGGUUUCAAAAAAUAACAAAGUUGAGUUGGUCACUCCUGAGCUGCAACCAAAAUCAGUGGAGAAUGCACCCAAGCAGGUUGCAGCUGGAACUGCUGAAAAGAAAAAAUCGCCUAAUACCAGUCAGAAUGGUUCCAUUGAACAUAUGACUAAUAAGUUUGAAACAAGUUGUUCUUUGCCUUCGAUUGAAGAAGCAACAACAAAUUUGGACUCUUCAAUUAAUGAAAAUAGAGGUUCUCAAGAUGUUUCUGCUGAUCAAGAAAAGAAAAUGUCGGGGCAUGGAAGUGUGAAGAACAGCUCAGUGUCGGCCAAAGUUAGUGAUGGGGCAAGCAGCCUUGCCAAGACCAGUGGAAGCGCCAAGAUGAGUGACCGAUUGGAUUAUGUUGAGAGUGGCAAGAGCAGCAUGUGCAGAGGAAGCACAAGCAGUGAUGUUAGUGAUGAAAGUACAUGUAGCAGCUUCAGUAGCAGCAUUAACAAGCCUCACAAAGCGAACGACUUAAGAUGGGAAGCCAUCCAGGCAGUCAGGGCAAAGGAUGGGGUUUUGGGUUUGAGUCAUUUUAGACUGCUAAAGAGGUUGGGUUGUGGGGAUAUUGGGAGCGUAUAUCUUUCAGAGUUGAGUGGAACGAAGUGUGACUUUGCAAUGAAAGUUAUGGACAAAGCAUCUUUAGCAAGUCGCAAAAAGCUGCUUCGUGCUCAAACAGAAAGGGAGAUACUGCAAUCUCUUGACCACCCCUUCCUUCCCACACUUUAUACCCACUUUGAAACGGAGAAAUUCUCUUGUUUGGUAAUGGAGUUCUGCCCCGGUGGAGAUCUUCACACUCUCAGGCAAAGACAGCCAGGGAAACAUUUUCCAGAGCAGGCAGUAAAAUUUUAUGUAGCAGAAGUCCUGCUUGCUUUGGAAUAUCUUCACAUGCUUGGGAUUAUCUACCGUGACCUUAAGCCAGAAAAUGUGCUUGUGAGGGAGGAUGGCCAUAUAAUGCUCUCUGACUUCGAUCUUUCCCUUCGUUGUGCUGUCAGCCCAACUCUGGUGAAGACAUCAUCUCUAGAGUCAGAGCCACUACGAAAGAACCCUGUCUACUGUGUUCAGCCUGCUUGCAUUGAACCAUCCUGCAUUCAGCCAUCUUGCAUUGCUCCUACAACUUGCUUCUCUCCCCGUAUCUUUUCUAGCAAGUCCAAGAAAGACCGCAAACCUAAAAAUGAAAUUGGAAACCAAGUGAGCCCACUACCUGAGCUCAUAGCCGAGCCAACCGAGGCCCGGUCAAUGUCAUUUGUUGGGACCCAUGAGUACUUGGCACCUGAGAUCAUCAAAGGCGAAGGUCAUGGAAGUGCUGUUGAUUGGUGGACUUUUGGCAUCUUUCUGUAUGAGCUCUUGUUUGGUAAAACUCCCUUUAAGGGAUCUGGGAAUCGAGCCACAUUAUUCAACGUUGUGGGGCAGCCACUACGGUUUCCAGAAGCACCUGUUGUCAGUUUUGCAGCAAGGGACCUGAUAAGAGGGUUGCUUGUGAAAGAGCCGCAGCAUAGACUGGCUUAUAAACGAGGGGCAACUGAGAUUAAGCAACAUCCAUUCUUCGAAGGUGUAAAUUGGGCACUGAUUCGCUGUGCUACCCCACCUGAGAUCCCAAAACCAGUUGAGCACGAGCGAAUACCAGCCCCGCCUGCAUCAUCAAGUGAAAAGGCAGCACCAAAUGCAGCUGCUUAUGACCAGAAAGGUUCUGAUAACUAUCUGGAGUUUGAUUUCUUUUAGCAACAGUCAAUACUGAUUGCCAUAAGCAAAUUGUUUCAAUUAGGAAAAAGGUAUUGUGAACAUGUCAGGGGUUGUUGGUGUUGGGGAUAAAGUUUUCAUGUUGAUGGACGAUGAGAACUUGUAUUUUGUUUUUCCUGUCUGUUUUAAGAAUUAUAAUCUGUAUUCCAUAAUUUUCAUGUGGACGCUUCCUUUAAAACGGUAUAUAUGCCAUCAACCAUCAGGAUUCAGGAGUGAUGCCUUCCUGUCCAGCCAAGGUGCGUCAACUUCUGCCCUUGUGUGCCUGAAAGCAGAAACAUUGAUAUGAUUCUCGAGCUUUUGGCAUUGCAAAAAUGCAAAUGUACAGGGAUGGAGAUUGAUGGCAGGUGAAAAAGCCUUGUAAAUGAUUUUUCAUUAGCAGUCUUCUAUUUUUGUUUUUUGUUUUUUUUUUCCCAAGUCAAUGCAAACUCAUUUAGAUUGAGCUGCUCAAUGCUUUGUGAUUAUGUACUGCAAUUAAAAUCUCUCAUUAAUAGAAGGAAACAUUUCAA